AUGUUUUCUGAUACCAAAAAUUUCAAAUUUGCAGAGAUUCCGGAUUUAUCUGGCAAAGUUGCGGUGGUAACAGGCGGAAAUUCUGGUAUUGGAUACGUUACUUGCAGAGAACUGUCAAGAAAAAAUGCACAUGUAUUUAUUCUAGCUCGUAAUAUCGAAAGGGGCACAGCAGCCGUUGAAAAGAUCAAACAAGAAACAGGAAAUCAAAACGUAGAAUUUUUACAAUUGGAUCUACAAAGUUUAAAAUCUGUUAAAGAAUGUGCCGAAUCUUUUUUGGCUCGGAAAUUACCAUUACAUAUUUUGGUCAAUAAUGCUGGUAUAGCGGCAACAAAAUUUCCUUUAACUGUUGAUGGAAUUCAAGAUCAAUUCGGAACUAAUCACGUCGGGCAUUUUUAUCUUACAAAAUUACUUUUACCAACACUUGAAGCAUCAGCUCCGUCAAGGAUAGUUAACGUUAGUAGCCAAGCUUAUAAGCUUGCAAGCGAUGGAAUAAAAUUUGAUAAAAUAAAUGAUCCAACUCUUUCAUCAAUGAAACGAUAUGGAACUUCAAAACUUGCAAAUAUUUUAUUUACGGUUGAAUUAAAUAAACAACUGGAAGGAAAAAAAAUUUAUGUCAAUUCUUUACAUCCAGGAAAUGUAAAUACUGAACUUAUUGGAAAAAUUACAAAUAAAUGGACAGCUCCACUCUGGGGGCUUGCAAAAUGUAUAUUUUUGAUUACGCCUGAUGAUGGAGCAUUGACCACAUUAUAUUGUGCAACAAGUCCAGAGAUUGAAAAUAAGAAUCUGCGUGGAAAGUAUUUUAUUCCAUUUGGUGUAGAAUCUCCAACAAACAAACAUGAAAAUGCUGUUGCUUCUUCAUCACCACCUCUAGAAAAUGCUUCAACAACUUCUUUGGAUGCAACUGCUGCUCGACUACCAUAUCAACUGCAUCUGUUGAUAGUGCUUGCUAAUGGCUCUUCUGAUGCCAACUUAAUCACCGAAAAAGAAAUACGUGACUUGAUCAGAUAA